AUGGCUGAUGACACGUCUCCCACAAACAAACAUGAAAAAGCUCCUCUGCGAAAUGUGUCAACCACUAGAGGCAACAAAAGGCAAGCACUUGGAUCUCCGCCUCAGGAAACUACUGAAAAAUUAUUAUCUAGACAUGAUGUUCGUGAAAUUAUUGAGGAAGUGAUGGAAACUAAAUUAUCUAUAAUGUUGGCUAAAUUUAAUGACACCAUGAUUGCGCUACUGAAUAGUAAGUUACAGCCUAUCAAUGAAAAAAUUUCAGCCAUGGACGACUCUUUGAAAUUUAUUAACAGUCAGUAUGAGGACCUCCUAAAGGAACAUGUUUCAUCUAAGGAUACCAUUAUUGAACUGCAGAAGGAGAAUUUGGAAAUGAGAAAUAAUAUUAAAACGUUAAACAUGCGCGUAGACCAGCUAGAGCAGCAAUCUCGAGCUAACAACAUCGAAAUUCAAUGCUUACCUGAAAAGAAGCACGAAAACCUGUUUAACAUUGUGUCAGAAAUUGCUAAAGUGUCGGGAUGUGUCAUGGAAAGCAGAGAUAUAUUGCACUGUACCAGGGUUGCGAAAAUCAAUCCAAACAAUAGUAGACCACGUUCCAUAGUAGUACAGCUGGCUUCCCCUAGAAUUCGUGAUCAAUUCCUGGCAUCUAUUAUUAAUUUUAAUAAAAAUAAUAAAGACAAUAAACUAAACAGCAUGCACCUAGGCUACCCAGGACAAAAAUCCGCCAUAUUUGUGACUGAACAUCUUUCGCCAACAUACAGAGCUUUGCAUGCUGCUGCGAGAACAAAAGCCAGAGAAAUUGGUUAUAGCUUUGUGUGGAUUAGAAAUGGUAGAAUUUUCAUGCGUAAAACACAAGAAUCAGAGCACAUCUUGGUGAGAAAUAUGGACACUUUAAAAAAGCUUACUUAG